AUGAAGCACUCGCGCGAAGCCAAAAAACCAACAGACGAAGACAUUGAACACCGCCAGCGCCUGAGGAGCCGCAGACUAAGCAUACAUCACAGAGAUGAGCCAAGUAAUUCACCUGAGAUAAUUCACGGCCGACUGGGCCAAAAGCCCCCAGAAGUUGUGUUACCACAGCAGGUAGAUUCAGACCCAGGGAGAAGACGAGUAUCUGCCCCCGAACGAAUCCAUCGCAUGCCUCAUGAGAAGAAACCCCACUACACUGAUGCUAGGAAGACGUCGAAAACAGCCAAGGUGUCUGUGUCAGAGAAAUCGGAAGGAGAAUAUUCUGCAGGGGAUACUAUCCCCCCUGUUCGAGCCAUCCCAUGGGAUCUGCCGGAAGAAACGGGUACAAGUAAUAUUUCAACUGUGACAUAUGAGCCAGCACAUAUACUGCGGCAAAACGCUGAAUAUUUCGACUCUGACCAAGAUGGGAUUAUCUGGCCAAGGGAUACGUAUAAGGGCUAUAGGAAAUUAGGAUGGGGAAUCACGUACUCGUGCUUGGUUGCAUCCAUCCUCCAUUCAACUCUCUCAUAUCCUACCGGGGACAGUUACACCCCCGACCCGUUGCUCCGAAUUCGUUACGACGGCAAACAUAGUACUGGCAACGUCUCUUACGAUGAAAAGGGGCAGGCCAGGGGUAAUCAAGUUUGCGAGACCAUCUUGGCUAAAUACGACAAGAACAAUAAAGGGGGCAUGGAUAUCCGGGAUAUCCUACGUUUCUGUAAAGACCAGAGAUCCGUAUCUACUUGCUACGGCUGGAGCCUCACUGCUUUAGAAUGGCUAGCCCUAUAUCUUGCGCUUCGACAACACAACGGCAUCGUAGGCAGCGAAGACAUCCGCACGGCCUUCGACGGCAGCGUCCUGUUCAAACGAUCCGAGGAGCGGCAGCGGAAAAAUGAGACGCAUCAUAAACAUGCCGCCACAAGAAGUGGGUAUAUAAGUAGAAGUCGGAACCAAUUCGAUCCAGUGAAGCUUGCCGUGGCAAUUGUCGUCGGGCUCGCCAUUCUUGUGUGGGUUUUAAUGGGCUUAUACCGUGACCCUUCCGGCUUGGAAAAAUACUGGCCGAAGAAGGAAGACACUCCUAAAGGGGCAGAUUGGACGAAGCAAGGGUUUGUGAAUGAUUGGUAAAGCGCACUCUUCGUUUGGGCUGUUAUAUCCCCAGAUCAGUAAGCCACCUAGGAUAAAGAGUUUCUAUUUGCGCAAUCAUCUAAUCUCAAAAAGUUCAUAGUUGCUCCUGAUGUAAGAAGGUAGUUUCUCAAUCCUUACUCGUAUUCUUAUACGGGCUGAGUAAGAGACAUGAGGGCAUGAGAUCGACGUAAAGCUAACCUAGUAGUUUCUUAGGUUAGACGACUAGCAAUAUGCACG